CCUCCCACCAUUUGCAAAAAUCGAAAAUCCACCGCCAUUAUGAUAUUUGAUAUUCAUGAAUGAAUUUCCUCUUUGUUAAUUUUUAUUCUUUUGGUGCUAACAUGCUCUCAAAUUAUAUUUACGAGUUAUUUCCUCUACAGAAAUUACGCAUAUUCUAAGCAAAUCACCAGGAGAAAAAGCACCCAGAAAGGAGAAAAGUAAGCAAAAUCGAGAAAAAAAAAAUGAUAAAUUUGGGCGAAGAAGAUGUUCUUCCAAAACUCAAUGAAAUCCCAGAAAAAACAUUAGGGUUUAUCAACAAUCAAGGGUUUUACUUUAACCUCCUUGAAAAUCCUUCAAAGUUUGAAGCUUUAUCCAUGGAAUUCAAUGCAAAAUGUGCGCACCUUCAAACCCACCUCCAAAAUCUCCAUACAAAUCUUGGAAGUUUGUUAAUUUCCUCUUCUUCUCGUUCAAUUCGCGCCAAAUCUUCUCUUGAAGAUUUCAUCUUUAAUUUGGAAAAUCUCAGCAUCAUUUCUUCCUACUGUGGAAAUAGGGCUGAAUGUAGGAAAAUUGAGAAGAUUAUUGGCAAAGAUUUGCCAUAUAUUGCGAGGGAAUUGCGGCGGAUCGAAAGUAUACGUGAGUAUGCAGGGAUUGCUCUAAAGUUGGAAACCCUGGUUGGAGAUCUUGAGGAUGCCAUAUUAUCUGCUUUGGAUCGACGCGUUGGCUAUACUUUCUCAAGAACUGAUCCGAGUCCAUCGAUUCUAGGACGUGUUCAUGCAAAAUUAGACAAUGUUCAUAGGGCUGUGAAGGCCAUCAACAAUAUUGAGGAGCUUCUGUUGGGUGUACUGAAAAAUCAUCCUCAUUGGUGCAACCUCUUGAAGGCUGUUGAUGCCAGAGUGGAUAAGAUUUUAGGCGUGCUUAGGCCUCAGAUAAUUGCUGAUCAUCGCAGUCUUCUUGCUUCUCUAGGAUGGCCUCCCAAAUUUUCAACAUCAAACACGGAAAAUAGCGAGGCUACAGGCAUCCCAAAUCCCCUAGUUCUCAUGCAAGGUGAAAAGAAAGAAAGUUAUUCCCAAAGCUUUCUAGCACUUUGUGCAUUGCAGCAUGUACAGUUGCAGAGGGAAGAAUGGCACCUUAUUUUGUUGGGCCAAAAGAAAGAAGAAACUGUGGGGCUUUGGGCCAUAGAUGAACUAGUUUUAUCUAUAGCAUCAAGGAUUGAGCAUCAUUUGCUCAAAUGGAUUGGUCAGCCGGAGUUUAUGUUUGCGCUUGUUUACAAAAUUACGCAUGAUUUUAUUGAAGGAGUCGAUGAUGUUUUGCAGCCUCUGAUUGAUGAGGCAAGGCUAGUCAGUUGUAGUGCUAAGGAAGCUUGGGUGUCUUCAAUGGUGCAAGUUCUCUCUGGAUUUUUGGAAAAAUAUGUGUUCCCAGUUCUUGCUGGAAGAUACAAAGAGAAAGACACUAAAGCAGAUACUAUUUCUUCCUGGCUUCACCUUAUCGAUGAAAUUGUCAAAUUUGAUAAACGUAUGCAAUCCUUUAUUAGUUCAGAAACAUAUGUUUUCCCGGGGCCGACAACAAGUAUAUCAGCAUUGUCUCUAUUUUGUGAUAGACCUGAUUGGCUCCAUAUUUGGGCUAAAAUAGAGCUGAAGGAUGCCUGGAAUAAAGUAAAAACAGAACUGAAGAAUGAACAAGCUUGGUCUACUGAUCAUAAACUCAUGACAGAAAAUAACCAUUACAUUCUCUCUACCAGAGAACAAUACAAAGCUCCUUCAGCUGCAGAAUUUGCUCUUAAGACAGCUUGGGAAAUGAUCCAGCGCUGCCAGACUUUGCCAGGUACUGCACGUCGAGUUCAGUUCAUUAGAUCAGCACCUGGGAAGUUCCUUUGGCGCUUCUUCAAAGUUUUGCUUCUAAGGUAUAAGAGCGCUCAAGGAAAUCUAGUGAAGGUCUGUCAAUUGAUCAAUGCAGCCAGAUUUUCCGAAUUCAAAUUGCAAGAAUGGAGUGAUGAUGUGGAUCUUUUGGAGCUGAGACUCGCAGAAACAGGUAGAAAGAAUGACAGUUGCUUCUUUGAAGAAGAAAUUGAGAGCUUAACUGAGAUGCAGACUAAUUGGGUAAUGGCGUUAAUAACUCAUGUUCUUCACCAGUUUGAAAAUAACUCGUUCUAUUAUUUCAAGAAUGUGGAACAAUUUGAGCAAGUUACUGAAAGUGAUAUAACUAUAUCUGAUGAUCUUGUGGAAGCACUGGAUAAUUUGAGAAGCGAACUUCUUCUGAUCAAAGAGCAUCUAAAUGCUUUCAACUUUUUGGAUACAUGGAGAAGUAUAGCUGAUGGACUUGACCAUUUUAUAUUUCGCAGUUUCCUCUCCCUCGAUGUUCGAUUGUCUGAUAUGGGAGUUAAACAGUUGAUGGCUGAUAUGGAAGGUCUGUUCAUUGCUUUUAAGGCCUUCUGUGCUCGCCCCGAAGCGUUUUUCUCAUGUAUUAGAGAUUUGGUUAAGCUCUUGAAAUUGGGUAAACAGGAGGUGAAGGAUUUGAAGUCCAACCUAUUAGACAGUGUAAAAUGUUCUGAUUGCUUGUUAACUUAUAGUAUUUUCAGUUUAUCUGUAGAUCAGACAUUACAGAUCUUGAAUAAGAGAACAUUUUUUGGCUGAGAUACUUUGAAUCAGAAAUUUUGCUUUCUUUUCCCCUUA